AAGCCACAGAACCAAACCAGCUUGAAACCCCUCUCUCUCUCUCUCUCUCUAUCUCUCUCUCUUACAAACCCUAAUUUUGAGGUCCAGACCUGAAAAAGCCUGAGCUCGCAUUCAAACCUGUGUACGGAGAGAGCUAGACCUCCUUUAAUGGCGUCCCUCCAAUGCAAGCUGGCUAUCAAUCUCUACAGUCUUUCCACUGUUGCCUACAACUCCUGACCUAAUAAUCACAGAACCCUCUGUCAGCCUUCAUUGAAUUCAAUCCACAACAAAAAAAAAAAAAUUGAAUCUUCUUUCUUCUUAUCCCAUUCGCUCGAGCUCAAAGUGGGCGUUUCUUUGAUUCUAGCCUCAAGAAAACGGCGACGUAUUCCUCCUCCUUUCUCUCCCGGAGCGAAGAGCUUCUAAGAUGUUAGAGCUUGGUCCGAUUAGUACUACUCUCGCGCGUGAUUCAGACAGUUCAAUGAGUAGUGACACCUGUAGCAGUUUUAGCCGCCUCUCCUUCGACGCAACCACCACCUUAACCGCCGCAACCGACUUCUUCGGCACCGAGAAUCUCGCCCUCAAGCCACACCGCUCCUCCGACUUCGCCUACUCGGUCAUUCGCUCCAAGAAAUCCGCCCUCACUUACCGCGACUUCAGCCUCCACCGCCGCAUCGGCUCCGGCGACAUCGGCACCGUCUACCUCUGCAGCCUCCGCAGUCCCGACUCCGACUCAUCAUCAUCAUCCUCAUCCUCAACCUCAUGCGUCUACGCCAUGAAAGUCGUCGACAAGGAGGCCUUGGCCCUCAAGAAGAAGGAGCCCAGAGCCGAGAUGGAGCGCAAGAUCCUCAAAAUGCUUGACCACCCUUUCCUCCCGACUCUCUACGCCGAGUUCGAGGCCUCGCAUUUCUCCUGCAUCGUCAUGGAGUACUGCUCCGGCGGCGACUUGCACUCCCUCCGCCAUAAACAGCCUAACCGCCGCUUCUCCCUCAGCUCCGCAAGGUUCUACGCUGCUGAGGUCCUGGUGGCUUUGGAGUACCUCCACAUGUUGGGAAUCAUCUACAGAGACCUGAAGCCGGAGAACGUGCUCGUCAGAUCCGACGGUCACAUCAUGCUCUCCGACUUUGACCUCUCUCUCUGCUCCGACGCAAUCCCCGCCGUUGAGUCACCCGACUCCUCUCCGGUUCCAGAGUCCAUCUCAACCCCAUCGUACGCCCGCCCCCGCCCGAGCACUCUCACUCCCUUCUCCUGCCUCUCAAACCGGCUGUUCCGGUCGAGAAAGGUUCAGACUUUGUCGCCGAACCGCCUCUUCGUGGCUGAGCCGGUCGCCGCCCGGUCAUGCUCGUUCGUCGGGACCCACGAGUACGUGGCGCCGGAGGUUGCUUCCGGUAGGUCCCACGGCAACGCGGUUGACUGGUGGGCGUUUGGGAUCUUCCUCUACGAGAUGAUCUACGGGCGGACGCCGUUUGCGGCUCCAUCGAACGAGACUACACUGCGAAGCAUCGUGAAAAGUCCCUUAACCUUCCCGACGUCCACGCCCUGCAGCGCGCUUGAGGGCCACGCGCGGGACCUGAUAUCCGGGUUUCUGAACAAGGACCCGGAGCGGCGGCUCGGGUCGAAGCGCGGCGCUGCUGACGUCAAGAAGCAUCCUUUCUUCAAGGGGAUCAACUUGGCGUUGAUACGGUCGCUGCGGCCGCCGAUGGUCCCGGGUCUGAGAAGGCAGAACACGACGCCGUUUUGCCACGCCAAGUCGGAUGAUCAGAAUAAAAAUAACGGACAGUCUGGGGCGUUCGAUUACUUUUGAGAACUAACGGCGGGAUGCGCGCGCCACGUGUUCAGACAGUCCUGCCAGAUUUUGUCACUGGCGGGUGACUGGUGACAGUUGUGUAUAUUCUCGGAGCUGUCUCCUAAUUUUUUUUUUUCUUCUUAGCUAAUAUUUAGGUAAAUAUAUGAGAGAAAAUGAGAAAAAAAAGUUGGUACGAGUAUCCAAAACCAACAACAAUGAACAACAUGGGAGUACACACUUGGUAAUUUGACUCUUUUACUGUUCUGACCCCAAUAACAUUUUUACCUUUUAUGCAAGGUUUAGGAAAAGGUUAAAAUGACAUUAUAUGUGAAUCAUAUACAU